AUGCCAGAUGGUAUAGCAGACAAUUACGUCGAUGAUUACUUCCUGAAGGGAUUAGUCCAUAAAAAUAGCUUCCCUGACCUUAGCUACCCAUCCAUGAUAAGAGAGACUCUGGAAAUAAUCCAUGUUAUCAAUACUCUGACAUGUUUCCUUGUCAGCUUUCAAUUGCUUCUGGACAAUGAUUACGAGAUCGAAACAUUUUUGGUGGUUACUAUUGCAUGCAUUUUCUUUUACAGUACCUUUAUUUGGAUUAACAAAGCCAAGUAUUCUUUUUAUGGAAUGAUCAAUGAUUUGAAAACUGGAGUCUUUUUAGCUGGUACUCUGCUUUUCUUGACCCCUGUUUUGAAGUCUUUGACUGUGGCUUACUCUACUGACACAAUUAUCUUAUUAGUUGUUAUCUUUGUAAUUUUACACCUUAUCCUAUAUGAUUAUUCAAUGGUCAAGAAGCCUUUGCUGCUUGAAAACAUUACUCAAAGCAUUGGAUCUCCUACAUCUUUGAAUGCUGUAUUUUUUGCAGCCAUUUUACUUGCCUCAAGAUUACUAUUCGGAUUCUAUCCUUUGUUUAGACAAGGACUUCGAAACUAUUCUCAAACAAUCUGUGACAUUUUAUCAGUGGUAACAUCAGUUAUCAAUUUAUUCAUGGUCUUACACAUUUCAGGCUCAUUUGCUUUAUUUUAUGUUUUCCUUGUCGUGUUUGUAUCACUAAUAUCACCUUGGAUUUUCAUUUAUGCAUAUCAAUUCAAAAAGUAAAAUUCUGCAAAUCUCAAUCUAUAUAGUGAUAUUCAGGGUCCUUGGGACUUGCCAAAGGUCAUGCAAUAUACCUCAAUUGAAUGA